GAUCCCUUAUUGAUCCUGGGCUGAGCUGUGGAUCUGUGGCUGUGUAUUGAACUUCCGCGAGAGUCCAUCAGCUGCACAGAGUCCCAGCACACUGCCAGCGAGCACCCCAGUCACUCUGUGUCCGAAUUACAAUGCAGUGCGUCCGGGCUUGGAGAAGUCUGAACUCCCUGUGCAGGGUAGCUCACCACAGAGCAUGGAAACGAUCCCAGAGCCACACAGCAGCUGCCAGGCUGGACCUCAGCGGGAUUUAUCCGCCUAUUGCCACCCCGUUCACCGCCAAGGAGGACGUAGACUAUCAGAAACUGGAGGAAAACCUGCAGAAAUACGCCAAGAUCCCAUUUAAAGGUCUGGUGGUUCAGGGCUCCAAUGGUGAGUAUCCUUAUCUGACGGUGGAGGAGCGGGUGGAGGUGGUGAGGAUGGUUAAACAAUCGCUGCCGGCGGGAAGGCUGCUGAUAGCCGGAUCAGGCUGCGAAUCCACCAGAGCCACGAUCCAGCUCACGCAGAAGAUGGCAGCAGCCGGAGCCAAUGCUGUGCUUGUGGUAACACCCUGCUUCUACAAGGGGAAGAUGGACAGCCGGGCUCUAAUCCAUCACUUCACAAAGCUGGCGGACAGCAGUCCGGUGCCGGUGGUUCUCUACAGCGUGCCGGCAAACACGGGGCUGGAGCUGCCACUGGACGCUGUGGUGGAGCUUUCUCAGCACCCAAACAUCCUAGGUGUUAAAGACAGUGGGGGAGAUAUCACACGGAUCGGCCUGAUUGUCCAUAAAACCAAGGCGCAGGAUUUCCAGGUUUUAGCGGGCUCGGCUGGGUUUUUAAUGGCAGCCUAUUGUGUGGGUGCUAUCGGUGGAGUGUGUGCGCUGGCUAAUGUGCUGGGCCAGGAGCUAUGUGAGUUGGAGCGUCUGUGUGUGUCCGGGCGUUGGGAGGAAGCCAGAGUCCUGCAGCAGCGCCUUAUCGAGCCCAAUGCCGCUGUGACUAGGAAGCUGGGAGUUCCCGCUCUGAAGCAGGCGAUGGAGUGGUUUGGUUUCCACGGUGGCUCCUGUCGAUCACCUCUUCAGCCGCUCACAGAGGCCGAGAGUCAGCAACUGAGGCGGGACUUCUCCUCCAAUGGGUGGCUGUAAAGUGAUCUAGGCGGAGCGAAAGUGCGUGUGUGAGCGAGGUCACUAUGUGUGGACCUAUUAGCUGUUGGUGUAAUUAUAUCAUGAAGGGAAAACACAGCUGCCCAUGAAAAUAAAUAAAUAAAUAUUCAGUUCUGCCCACUGUUGAUAUUUAUUGAGCCAAAUCCAAAAACCUGCAAAAAACUCCCCCAAAACAUUAAAAUAAAUGUGUAAAUAAAUGAAUCCAACUUCAAAGUUCUAUUUGGUUUUUGUUCUUCUUUUUCUUUGACCUGGACUGACUGAAAUUUUCUUGGCCAAUUCCAAUUUUUCUCCAAGUGCUCUGCGACCAGUACUGCGACUGAUUAACUGAAAACGAGUUGCUGUACACCCGCGUGUCUCUGACAUAUUUUAACUUUCCACGUAAUAGCAGGUGCAGAAUAUAUAGUAUAACAAAACAAUUUUUCAAUUAUCUCCACUAUUUUGGGCCAUUACUAAUACUGACGCUGCUAGCUUCCGGCUGAUACUGAGCUUUGUUAGCUUCUGUAAAAUGUUCAACUGGCUGAGGUUGAUUUAAGUGUCUGCUUAGGUUUGUUGUAACAAACAUCGUCAUGGUGGUCCCCCCGUGGUUUACUUUGCCAGACUUUGUGUACAUAUAUAUGUACACAAUGCUAUAUAGUCUUUAAAUCUACACCAUAAAACAUGUAGCAGCUGACAUUACAGGUAAUGGAUCAAGCCAGCAGAAGCCAAUCAGACUCAGGAAGAAAAGUGCCUCUGGCAGUGCAAGCCACCACUUUAAGGUGUUUAUACAGUAAAAAACACUAAAAGUAUGACAAUGUACACAAACCAGAAUAAGAAGCCAGUGACAGGCAAUUAGCUGCUGAUCUUUCCUGUUGUUUUUAUCAUGUGAUCAGUUAUUUACUUUCAUAUUUUGUUCCACUAAAGCAAGAGGACAAGUGGAUGUAAUAAGAGAUUCCAAACUAGGGACACUUUUUAUCAAGUGCUUCUUAACCUCAGCCUUACACAGGGAAAAAUAAUACCCUCAUAUUUUAGCCUGUAACUGUUAUUUUUCUUCUUUCAAGGAGGUUUUGUGAUUACUCUGUCCGUUUGUUAGAGUUGUUGCACAAAAAAUAUUUCCAUGAAAAUCCUGCCAGGGGUCGCUCGAUGCAACUUAUGGAUCCAGUUUUGAAUUCAGGAAUUCCGUUAAACUCCCUUCAAAUCUUUACGUAUUAAAUUGAAAUAGGAAAUAUGUCAGCCAUUGUCUUAAUGUUCCCAAGAUACCAAUAACUAACCUGGAUUGGUUCAUAGCGAGGAGUGGCUUUUCAGCCUAGUGUAAAAAGUAGAUUUGUGUAUAAUUGGCGUAUAAUGCAUUUGGCAGAUCAUGACCUGUUUGACUUAAGCUUUGAAAUGUGGGACUUGGACCUGGAACUCUUUAGUCAGGACUCAUGUGUAACUUAGGAAACAAUUACUUUGUCUAAUCGUUAGUGGAUGUGUAAAAAUACAGAAUUUGUAGACUCACAGCAGUAGACAGUAAAUGGAAAUCACCCGACAGUGGAGUAAAUAUGAGUUAUUUAAUCACAGUAUUGUCUGUUUUGUCAUUAGAAAUACGGUGAUCUCACAGGGCAUGCAUUUUAUACUUUGGACAUUUGUACCUACUGCAAUGGCAGAAAGUCAUUUGUAUGCAUCAGCCUCAUUAGUUUAAGAUGCCCUGUAACCUAAAGGUAAUUGUCAUGUAAUUACAGCACAGCUUUGGCAUGCUUUGACCUCAGGAGAUGUCUUAUUAUUCAGAAUACCUCAGUAGAGCUAUUGUAUGGAAACUAAAAGUACAGCCAGGCCACUUGUAACCUCAGGCUUAUUCAGCCUCCCACUGAAGCCUCCCAAGGUCUUUGAAAAAUAAAAAAUCUGGAACAGAAAAACUAUCACAUCAUUUUGCUCUUAUUUAAAUCAGUCAUGUAUGUUCAGUGUGUGUGUUUGUGUAUAAAAUAUCUCACUGGGGAAUGAUGCCCAUACUUUUUUUUCACUAAUUUCCUGUGCUGAUAUUUAUCUAAUAUUAGAAAAAACAAACAGGCGUUCAAGAGCACAUGUGCCCCGUGCCCUUCCUUGGCCAGACACAGCACUGAAUGAUGUGUUCAUGCAUGUCUGAGAUUAAGUCUGGCCAACCAAAAAGCCAAAAAAAAGUUCCUCAUCUCAAAUAUAGAUUUGAUAAAUGUUUUCAGAAAGACCUGAGAUCAGCUAGAGUUCAGUGGGAGGCAGAGCUGCAGGUCAUGGUCACAGUUUGCUGCAGAAUACCAGAGCGCUCUUUGAUGUGAAAAAGUUAAAAACCAUAAUUACUGUAAUUAAAGCCAAGUGUAGCAGGUAGCCAUGGCAAUGAGAGCCUUUGGCUUUUCACAUAGCACUUUUUUGCUUUUAUCUUACCAUGAGUCCAAUUAGCACCUUUCUUAGCAGGAGAUAUUUUCAGAAAUACUUACAGGAUCAUAAAAAAGGAGGAUAUGUUGUGUUUUCUUCUGUUCCUGUGCGACAACGACACAGUACAGAUGGAAAGCUCUGAGUAUAAACAGUUUUGAUUAAAUCACCUGCCACUCAGUUUUACGGACAUCUGUCUUACAAGCACAGUUGUAGUUUAUAAGUAAUGUUUAACCCUUGGUCUGAAAAUUUUCACUGUUUGAGAAACUUUGAAAUUGUUUUUUUGAAAAUACACUGCUUCACUGUGACAGACCUUUGUUACUGUGAUUAUUUGGCUUUGUCAAAUAUUGGAAGCAUUCAGAGCUAUUGAAGACACCGAGUUCGUGUCCUUUAUUUGGGAGAAUAUCUCCGCAUAAUGACAUGUGACAUUUUUUUGUGUAAUAAGAGAAUGUUCAGUGACUACGUGUGCCUUGUCUGUAAGACUGCAGAAAGUAAUUUCCUUUAGAGUGCAUGGCCUUAUAACAAUUUCUUUCUUUGUGGCAUGAGUGAAAGAU